AAGAAGGUGUUCGUAUAAUAAAGUCAAAUGUCAGGAGUGUUAAUGUAAUUUACCCAAGAAAUUUUCUUUAAAUGAAAAAGCGGGUUAGUUAGGUAAUUUCAUACCCCUCAUCCACCUUAGGGUUUACGUACAUAAACAAGCACGCUCACUUUCACGGAGCGGCCAAAACAGACAGAUCUCCUCCGAGGGUGUGUAAAUUAGGCGAAAAUGGUGAAGUUUUUGAAGCAGAACAAAGCCGUGGUGAUGCUCCAAGGCCGUUUCGCCGGUCACAAGGCGGUCAUUGUCAAGCCCUUCGACGAUGGCACUCGCGACCGUGCCUACUCUCACUGUUUGGUUGCAGGGAUAGCCAAGUAUCCAUCGAAGGUGAUCCGCAAAGACUCGGCCAAGAAGACCGCCAAGAAGUCUCGUGUAAAGUGCUUCAUCAAGCUCGUUAACUAUAACCACAUAAUGCCCACGCGCUACACCCUUGACGUCGAGCUCAAGGAUGUCGUCACGCCCGACGCCCUUCAGUCGCGUGACAAGAAAAUCACGGCUGCUAAGGAGGCCAAAGCGAGGUUUGAAGAGAGGUUUAAGAGUGGAAAGAACAGGUGGUUUUUCUCGAAGCUGAGGUUCUGAGGAAAGAUAAAAUGGUCUGUCUUGCUUUACGUUUUCAUUCUGUUCCUUUUAAUUUCCUUUGUUAUAAUUAAGACUGGAUUUAUGAGGAUCGUUUGGAUCUAUUUAGAGCUUCUAUUUGUUAUUUUGAGUGUAACGGAGAUGGUUAUCAUAUGAUAAUUUGAUUUGUCUUAUUUGGCUAGAUAUUUUAACCGUGGGAUUUAAUGGUUUUGC